AUGGUCGAAUUCAUGCCUGCGGAAAGGCACGCAAGGGCCACUCACACCAAGCCCGCAGCGAUCAACUACGUCGCAGCCAUCUUUGCCGCUCUGGGUUCAUUCCUCUUCGGAUACGAUAGUGGUAUCAUCGGAUCCGUUAUCAGUGACAGCUACACCCAUUUUCACCACUACUUUGGGAAUCCGAGUGCAAACACUACAGGGGCAGUAGUCUCUUCCUUUGCUGGAGGCGCUUUCGCUGGAGCUCUCUUGGCCGGAAGCACUGCAGACAAGUUCGGACGAAAGCGUACCAUCCAGCUUGGUGCUUUGAUUUCGGUUAUCGGAUGUGGUCUUCAAACGGGGGCAGUCAACGUCGCCAUGUUGAUCGUGGGUCGCGUCAUUGCUGGGGUGUCGAUCGGAGUAUUGUCGAUGAUCGUGCCGGUAUACCAGGCCGAGAUCUCGCCCCCACACGCGCGAGGUCUCCUUUCCGGCUGGACCCAGCUGAUGAUUGUUAUCGGUUUCCUAGUUGCGAACUGGGUUGGAUAUGGUUGUCAAUUCUUGGGCAACAACGCUCAAUGGCGUAUUCCUCUUGCUAUUCAAAUUAUCCCGGCCGUCGGCCUUCUGUUCGGCAUGUUUGUACUACCUUACUCGCCUCGGUGGCUCGCCAAGCAAGGCCGCCAUGAAGAAGCCCGAGCCACUCUGUUCCGACUCCACGGAGGUCGAAGGAACGCUCGAGAGGAUAUCGUGCAAUCCGAGUUUGACGAGAUGCUUGAUCAGAUCCGAUGGGAGGAGGAGAACCUCAUUACCAGCUACAAGGAUCUCGUCAGCAGCCGACCCAACAUUCACCGUACUUUGUGCGGAUGUUUGGUACAGUCGAUGUGCCAAUGGACUGGUGUCAAUGUGAACAACUACUUUGGGCCCACCAUCUACAAGAACCUCGGGUUCACUGGUAAUGACACCUUGCUUAUCAACGGAAUUUCGGGGGCUUGGCAAGUCGUUGUCGUCUGGAUCUUCAUUCAGUUCUUGGUCGACCGCUUCGGACGACGCAAGCCUCUGAUCAUCGGACCGAUCUUGAUGGCCAUCUUCUUGGCUUGGCAAGCAGCGAUCGCUCAGAAGUUCUCCGACCCGUCCUACAGCAACCAGGGAGUCGGUAUCGCCGGAUUGGCCUCAAUCUUCUUGUUCAGCGGGGCCUUCUCGGCCUCUUUCGGGCCCGUCAGUUGGAUCUACCAGUCUGAAAUCUUCCCGAUGAACCAGCGAGCGUACGGAACUGCCGUCUCUACUGCAUCCAACUGGCUCAACAACGUCAUCAUCGGACAGAUCACUCCAAUUGGUUUCGACAAGUUGGGCUGGAAAUACUUUUUGAUCUACGUCGUCACCAACGUCACCAACGCGAUCGUCUCGUACUUCCUCUUCCCCGAAACCAAGCACAGGUCGCUCGAGGAGAUCGGGAUGCUCUUUGGAGACACCAACGUUCGCGUUUACGAAGGCCCGAGCACGGCCGUGGAGAACGACUACACCAAUAACAAGGCCGAUGGGCCCGGACACUACGAGGAGAAGGCUUAAUUCGAGGAGGCAUCACACAAUGAUAAACAGAUAGCUGAAGCGAACGAUAGUGAGAAGCUGCUUCGCAAAGGCUAUGAUUGUCUUCUGGAUUUGUAACGUGUAUCAUGCGCCUGUCUGAGCCAAGGAUGAGAC